AUAAAAAAGGUAGGAUCUGCUACGGGAGGUGUCACGGAUUAAAAAAAAAAAAAAUAUUAAUAAUAAUAAUAAAAAAAAAGAAAAAAAAAAUAAUAAUAAUAAUAAUAAAGAAAGGACGUGUUUUUUUUGUCGUUUCCAAUAUAUCGUAUUCUCUGUGAAGAAAAGAGAGAGAGAGAGAGAGAGAGAGAGAGAGAGAUAGACAGAUAGACAGAAAGAAAGAGAGAGAGAGAGAGAGAAAGAGAGAAAGAGAGAGAGAUAAGAAGAGGAACGCAUCAUGGACAUAUCAGAAGAUUGUUGGGAGCACGUGGGUCUCCUUCAGGAAGUCUCCCCCUCGGAACCAGCUCCACCACCACCUCAACCAGACUUCCUCAUUCAGCAACAGGAGCUGCUUGUAAGCGGCGGGCAGCCGACAACGGCGACUUCGCCAGCGAUGUCGUCAGGUGGAGCCUUAAGUCCUGGUGCCCUUUCACCCUCGUCUACGGCGACUACGACGACGGGGGCUGGAGGUGGAACCGGUACUUCCGGUGGCGCUACAACCCCUGUUGCUGCCGCAACAGGACCUGGAUGCUGUGAAAAUGGGAGGCCUAUGAUGACCGAUCCAGUAACCGGUCAAACUGUUUGCAGUUGUCAAUACGAUAGUGCCGCGAGGUUGGCAUUAGGGGCUUAUCCAAGAUUGGCACCAACUGCUACCUCAUAUUCCUCUUACCCUACGCCAACACCCUCUACCACCGAUCAGGCUCCUUAUCCUAGUAUCGGUAUGGACAGUUCUGCCUUCUAUUCACCUCUGGGAAAUCCGUACGGUCUGAAGGACGCUACGGGGAUGGGGAUGACGGCGGAUAUGGGUGCUGCAUGGGGUACGGCCGCUCUUCAACCUGCUGCCACGGGUUACUACCCUUACGAUCCGACCCUGGCCGCCUACGGAUAUGGUGCGGGUUACGAUCUUGCGGCACGACGAAAGAACGCUACGAGGGAAUCGACGGCGACCUUGAAAGCCUGGCUGAAUGAGCACAAAAAAAAUCCUUACCCGACUAAGGGCGAAAAAAUAAUGCUGGCUAUUAUUACGAAAAUGACAUUGACGCAAGUAUCAACAUGGUUUGCGAAUGCACGAAGACGUUUGAAGAAAGAAAAUAAAAUGACAUGGGAACCGAAAAAUAAGACCGACGAUGAUGAUGACGCGGUACUUACGGAUUCGGAAGAUAACAAGGAAAAGGAUGAUCUUGCGAAUGAUAAUCGUGGUGACAGGGUCGGCGAGGACGCGAGGAGAGGUCUCGACGAUAACGAGCCAAUGAGACACGUCAAGGCCGAACACAUGCAACACGAGAAAGACCUUGACGAUGAGGAUGAUCUCGAUUUGGAAGAGGAUCCACGUGGACGAGGAGAAUUACCAUUUCAUCAUACGAUGCAACACCAUCAUCAUCAUCAUCAGGGUUAUGCGACGGACGAGCAUUUGAAAGACGAAAGUAUUAAAACGGAUUGCAGCGGUGGUGGUGUACCGAUACCAGCGACAAAACCAAAAAUCUGGUCAUUGGCGGAUACGGCUGCUUGUAAGACUCCACCACCACCGUCUCAUCCUCAUCAUCAGCAGUAUCAUCAUCUGCAUCAUCAACAACAUUACGCUCAACAACAACAUCACCUUGGCAAUCAAAUACAUCAUCACCACUCGCAACAACCUUGGUUAGGAUCUGGUGGUGGUGGUGGUGGUGGUGGUGGUGCUGGUGCUGGUGGUGCUGGUGGCGGUGGUGGUAGUGGUGGUAGUGGAGGUGGUGGUGGCGGUGCUGGAGGUGGUAGUUUGAGUACAUCCUUCGCGUUACCUUCGUCGGCUUCCAUGAGUCCUUCGGCGGCAGCGACUGCACCUUAUUCCAGUGCUGCCGCACGAUACGGUGGUUUCCUAUCGUCCUCAUCCGGUGGACAACUUCAUUAUAAUCCAAAUUCCUCAUCUGGUUCAACAUCAUCCGCGUCCUCGUCAGCUGCGGCGGGGUUUCCAGAAGUUGGUACGGAUACCCCACCUCAGACGCCACCCAAUAUGAAGGUGGCCACUCCGAAUGGGGUGAUCCAACCACCACCGGCCGGUUAUUGCCCCACUGGCAAUACCAAUCCAACGAGCAACGGUAAUCCAAAUCAUUAUGCAACGAGUCAUCCCGGUGCUGGCGGUUAUCUAUCUGCUACAUCUGGAUCAGCUGGUGGGGCCUCGACGUUUGCCUCGAGACUUCAAAGUUCACCGCACAAGGACUUCUCACCGGCGGGACAAAAUUCAAUUCUUCAUCAGCACCAAACCACUGCCAGUUUACCACCAACAGAAGCUACAACUGCGUUUAAACCAUUCUACAAAGGAUCACAAUCAAUGGGUAGUGGGUUCGUAUCGCCGGUCUAAGAAACGUCCAUAGAGAUCGAAGAAAAUCGUCCCUAUCUCUCAAGAUUUAAUAAAACUACGCCUUGAGAUAUUGAUGGACGUUACGAGAACGAAAAACAAAAUGGAAGUGAUCUAAAAAAAAUCCCCGAA